CUUAUAUGAAGGUCGUUGAUUCAACUAUAGGCUCCAGUCAUUAUGAACCUGAAAAAAAUAUUUCGCAAAGUUGUAUAGAGCCCUCUAUACCUAUAGAGAUUUGAGCCUCAAUUUAUUAGAAGAAGCAGAUAAUACCUAUAUUCAAUAAGUUGAAGAUGAUAUUGGAAAUUGAAGAACUCGUUUAGGGCAACAAUAAUGAUGUUUAUUAGAUAUUUGAGUAUAUUUGUAUAAAGGGUUUUGAGCCUAUAACCAUGGUUCAGAAAUGGUUGACUUUGAUUCAAUUCAACUGGCUCAAAUCAUGCGAACUGGAAACAGAUAAAGCUCUGACAGAUGGUCCUCAAAGUUGUAUAGAGCCCUCUAGAGGUUAGAGCCACAAUUAAUUAGAGAAGGCAGAGAUCAAUAUUUAAUAAGUUGAAGGCAUUACAGAUUAGAGCACCCUAAGUUUGAGAGCUAGAACUCGUUUAGUUUCCCUUAAUUUUAGGGGUAUAGCUUCAAGAACUCUGUUUGAAUGGUUUUGAAGCAGAACAUUUUACUUUUUCCAUUUAAAUAUGGCUGACUUGUUGACUCAUAAAAGUCAGCUGACUUUUAUUUAUUUAUCACAAUAUUGUUUUUGUUAUUAUUAUUGUACAUAAACAAAAUCUAUCUAUGAUGGGUGUUUUUGUAUGAAAAAGGCCAAUGUUAUUUUGAUAAACACAAUGAAAUCAUUAACAUUACAAUAGGAAAUAUAAACUAUUGAUAUGGGGACAAAGCGAAACUAUCAGGUACCUUUUUAUCUCUUAUUUGAAUAAGUAUUUAUUUCGAUUAGCAAUAUCACAAUAACAAUAAUAUCGUAGGUACUAUGAACUGCAUCUUUGUAGUUCUCUUGCCUUAAAUUUUAUUAUUAUACCUAUAUUCACAUUAUGCACAAUAUUAAAUAUCACAAAUACAUUGCUGGUAGUAGCCCUCCAAUUACUAGUAAUUUGAGUUUACAAAGAAAGAGUUCUAAUGAUCAUUUAGGUGAAGGUAGUAGUGAAAAUAAAGAUGAAACUGUUUUGAGGGAUAAAAGGAGCAAUACAGUUAAGGAGAACUUGGAUCCACCGCCUCCUCGUGACAUUUCCAAAGAAAAUCUUGGACUCUGGAUUGGAUGGACCUACAAAAGCGAUCGUGAAGUAGUUCGGGAAGCUGCUUCAAAAGGAGACGUGCCGUUAGCCAUCAAUUUCCUCAGUCUACGCAAAAAUGUGGAAGCUUAUAAAAUUAAAGAGUUUAUUGAUGCAGAGAUCCUACUAUGGGUUGAUGAGCUUUUAAACAGAAAGCUCAUCUUCAGAGUAUUCACCAUCUUGCAGAACAUUGACAGAGACCCUAUUACCGAACUUCAAAAUAUGUUUAGAAAAACCACAAGUUCUGAUAGGCGGGAGUAUAUUGGAAACCAUCUCAAAACCAGAGAUGGUUUGCCCAAGUAUUUGGAACAACUUUGGACAUUUUUGGAUAUUAUUAGAGAGAAUAAGGUGUUGACGCAUCAUGAUAAUUUAUUGGAAGAUAGUAUCGAAAGUUUAAAGGCACAAGAUGAUGGUUGGAAAGAGCGUGUGGCUGCCAAAUUGUUUUUAACCACCCAUGAUUCCCGUCUAAUUCCACUGAUAAAAUCCGAAGUAUUUUGGAAUCUACUCCUAGCAACAAACGAGCAGCAUUUACUCAAAGCCUGGAUUCAGAUUGCUUUUUCAUCAAACACUGAGAUUUCCAAUGUUCCAGAAAAUAUUUUGGUGAUACUAAAAUCAUUCCCUAUAACCGAAACUAUGAUACAAGAUCUGACUAGAGUCCAGUUGCCUAAAGAGAAUUUGGAAAAAAUAUUAAGCGAGCUGGCACUCUAUGGGAUUUUUAUUGAUGAAGAAAGAUCGGAUUUUAUAAAGGUUCUUUCUAGAAUUGACGCUAGCGAUAGUCUAGUGAAUACUUAUGAAAUUUUAGGCAAAACUCACUCAAAUUUGCCUUUAAUUAAAUUCAUUCCAAUGCUUAUAGAUUACUGUUUGGACAAAGAUUUAUUAAUUGUUUUGAAUGCCUGUACAAGCAAUUUCGAUUUAACAAUUAUUCCCAAACUAAAAGAUAAUGAACAUCUUAAUUUAAUGAAGGAUUUUAGAAAUUUAACUAUGGACUUUGAGGAAGCAACUUUGAAAGAAAACAUUUUUAAAGUGGCUCAGUAUUUAUCCACUGAUGAUGACUUAGAUAAAUAUUUUUGCGAUAACCCAUUGAUUUUUUUAAGUUUACUUAUUUUCAAUGAAAAUAUUUCCCUAGAAGAAGCCAUACAUGAGAAAUCUCUAAUACUCAAUGACAAAGAACUAUUUCCAUGCUUGUCAAGCAUAAUGAAACAGCUUAAAGUUGUAUCAAGUUUAUAUUUUCGGAAAACCAAAGGUGUAAGUUGCAGCCUAACUUAUUUCGAUUUAAUCGAAAAACAUUUAAAAAUCAACGUUAAAAAGGCAUUUGCCUAUUACUUCGAAGACAAAUCGUUGCCAAGCUUUACAAAUUUUGACUUAAGACAAAACUAUGCUUAUUCAAAAAAAUUAGGUUUUAGCUUCUAUUUGAAGCAACACAGACCUAGCUUGGCUGCCAAGAAAUUCUACAUAGACUUACUUAAGGAUUAUAAAGAUAUUGAUAAAAAUAUUUCUAAGAAUAAAGUUUACAGGAUGGCUAUUAAGAACUUUCAAGAUAUAAGUUUAACAAGCGGUUGCAUUGCUUUUUUGGAAAUUAUUGGCAUUAAUUCGGAAUUUUUAAGGAUUAGCAUUAAAGCUUGCAAUAUUUUGUAUCAAACAGGCAUGGAUGUAGACAAUAUAGUAGCUUUAGCAUUGAACAUUGAAGAAAAUCGUCUUGUAGUUCAAACUUUUCUGGAUGAAAACAUAAUUAAGUUCAUCGACUUUACCAAAAUACUUCAUGGAUCUGAAUUCAUCAAAGCCAUAAGGCUCUAUGAUAUCGUUAUCAAAUUCAGCUUGUUGUACAGUUUACCAUUACCUGAAAGCUUUUUGAGACACUUGGCGCAAAAUAACUUAUGGCUGCCCUUCCUGAUUUAUGCCCAAAUUAAAAAUUACCCUAUAGAUGAUAUCAAAAAAAUGUGCUCGCACUUCAAGAAUCCAAACAUACUAGAACACGUUGUCCAUAGUGUUUUAAACGAUAUUCAAGUAGAUGAAACGAAUGUUCUGAUGAAACAAAGAGAUGUGAGAAAGCAUUGGUUGUCAAGAAUAGGGGUGCGCGGAAGUAUGGAAAGUUCCCUAGUAGCCAGUGGAUCUUUGAGAUCUAGAUCUACUUUAAGCGGUGGAAGCUUUGAUGAUGGCAAUAUCAGUUCUUCAGGAAGCGAGCUUUUGGAAAUUGAUAUCACAAAUACAAAAGCCACUUUACUACAAACUCUGAUUAGGUGUCAUAAUAGUUGCGAUCCACCGAGAGCUUUAUUGCAAGCUUGUCAGCUUUAUCGGACUCCUUUGCUGGCUAUUUUAGCUACAAGUUAUGAGCCUGAUUCUGUUAUAACCAAUUGGCUGACAUGGCUAGCCGUUUCAACUGAUUUGAAUGAGGUUUUCACUAAUUUUGAAUCAAUGAGCGCUUCCAGUCAAAGGGUUACCGAUCUUCUAGACAACUGUAUGAAAAACAAAUUCCCCAAGACUCUGUUUCAAAGUUUUGCCAUAUUUAUACCUGAAAACCCCUUACCAUCAUUUUGUGACUUUCUAAAUCAAGCAAUUCAAAGAGACUAUGCCAUCAAUUUCCUUACACCUAAACUAGAAAAAUUCAAAUCGUCUAAAAGCACCAGGCGCGCAAGCGUUUUAAGUCAAACCGACUACGAAAUGACUUAUUUGAAAAAUAAAAUUUGGCUGGAAGCAACCGCUUUGCAACUACUAUGCUCGGCCAUCAUUUAUAAUACUAGUUCCUUGUUUGAUCAACUUAAGUUUGUUGAAUUAUUAUGCGCGGUUGAUUUGCAAAGUUAUUUCUCAUGUGAAGUGCCAAAGUUUGAAAAUUUAUUGGUUAUUAUGAGGACUUUGUUUGAUACUGGCAUCAGUCUGAAUCUAAUAGAUUUUUUUAAUGGAGCAAAACAACAAGAGGCUAUUCAAAUAUGUAUAAACGAACUAGUAAACAUCAGUUUAUUCGAUGAAGCUCUUAUUAUAGCAAAAGAUUCUAACAUCAAUACAGAUUUAAUUGUGUUGAGGAAAUGGCAAAAUAGGUUUAACAGAAACAAAAUUACAGAAGAGUUCCUAACUAAAUGUGACCAAGAUUUUGAAUUGCAAAAAGUCUCCCCUGAAUGUGUAAUAUCAUUUUACAAAGAACGGGCCAGUAUAAAUGACUUGGAAAGAUACUGUUUGCUUAAAUUUUCGCAUAAAUGGGCUUCAAAGUAUGACUUGAACAGUCGCUAUGAGCUUGAACGCAAAAAAAUCCUCGCCUACAUAAAAAUUCCAGAUAAAAUAAACAUCACCGAAUUAGACGACAUAAACUUGAACAAAAAUUACACUACAUAUAAAGAAAUGUUGGAUAUUUUAAACACCAUCGAACCACCUCAAGUAGCUUUAGUAACCGAUUAUUCGGAAAAGCUCGGCGAUAUUUUAACUCGGGCAUUGGAUAAAGGCAACUUUUGGUUGGCCUUGAAACUGGAAAGAAUGUUUGGCUGUCAAAGUCACGAUUUGGAUAUCUUGAAACUUUGUCAUGAAUUAGCUGAAGGGUUAGUGUUACCCCAUCAGUUAAGAGAGGAACAAUACAAAAUUAUUGAGCGGGUGAAGGAGAUGCAGAGCCUGAGUCAUACACGGAGGUUGUAUAAGAGUAAUAGCGUGUCAUCAGAUGGAAACUUUUUGGAUAUAUUAGAAGAAGAAACAGAACCUUCAAUACGUGCCACUCAAGGACUUAUUCACUUGUUAAUAGAAAAACUAUCUCACGGUUCCAAUUUAGCCUACACGGUUUUCAUGAAAUACAGAAUCAGUACCAACAUCGAAGUGCCUUAUGACACUGUUGUAUCGAAUACGGAUCCCAUUAAAAUGUUGAAAGAUGCCUUGCAAGACGAUUGCAUAAACAAAUUGGAAGUUGUUCAUGAUUUCUUCGAGGUUUUUGAGUGGUCCAAAGAAGAAGUGACUAAUUUUAUAUGCAAUCAAUUUGUUACUGCCGCAUCCACUUAUUCAAAAUCAAAAAUAGACGUUUUUAGUAUGUGGGAUAUUAAAGUAGGAGACCAGUUUCAUUUGGUUUUAAAAUUAAUCAAAGGAGAGUGUUCCACUUUGGGGUAUCAAUUUUAUGGUCAUGCUAAUAGUCUCCACGAGCAGCAGGUCGCUGCCAAUGAUUCCAACUUCAAAAUUAGCGAAAUGUCUCUAGUUGUCGAGUUGCUAAUUGCUGCGCACAGCUGCUUUACGGCAGACUGUAACAUGGAGGGAAUUUCCACUAUUUUAAAAAAAUGUCGCAAAGUCAUUUCUCAUUUGUUGAACGUGCGCAGCUGGAAGCUCAUAGUUCGAUUGCUCACAGGAGUCGGACGAUACACCGAGCUGAAUUUUGUUUUCGAGAUACUCAAGGAAAACGACCAAUUCGAGUUUUUGCUAAGUAAAGGUUCGAAGAGGGAUGAAAGACUAAAACUAGCCUGCAUUGAAUAUUUGAAAAAAUACUGUCCACAAGAUAAAAAGUUGUACGAAUUAGUGGCUAUUCAUUUCAAUAUGUAUUCAGACGUUGCGAUGGUUUGGGAACGAGAGGCUCAGAAAUUUUUAAAGUAUUUACUGGAUUUAGCUGUGGCAGAAAUGCAAAAUAGUGGCGUACAUAUGGAGUCUCUCGAGGCUGAAGUUUUAACGAAAAGCGAUGGGACAAUUAUGCUUUUGAAUAAGGCUCGUGAUAACUACUUUAACGCAGCCCAGUUUCACACUAGAGGUGAAAAACUGAGCAACGCCAUGAACGCUGCUAAGCAAGCAGAAAUAGUAGUACUACAGUUGUCUUUAUUUCGCACUGUAGGCAAUAAUGAAAGAGUGCCUUGCCUGCUCAAUUUGAGCGUCUCUAAGAUAGCAAAACUGAUGAGCAAUGACCUAAAUUUCCAUCAGUCCAAUAUUCUGGCUCAAGCCUACAACGUAUCUCCAGAUUGGGCUCAAAUCCUCUACGAACAAGCGGUAACAAACAAUAAUAUGGCUUAUUUCGAGCAGUUUAAAGAAACCAUAGGCCUCAACGAUGAACUGAUUCAAGAUAUUGUCAGGAAAUUUCCAGCCAGACAAAUGACAUCGAAAAAAGAGUUCACAGUUCUAGAAUUUAAGAACAUCAAAUACAUUUUGGAACAAUUGGAAUCUAUUUUUGUCAAAUAUCGUUUGGCCAGUGAAUUGGGCUUUAACAGUUUGGUGCAGGACAUUAACGAGAACGGAGAGAUUUCGUAUUUGAGGGACACUGUUUGGAAAAGUGGAUAUAAAGGUCGCAGUUCCUUGAAAAGUCAGGAUCAAUAAAGGAAAAGUGAACUUUUCUUCAAAUUGAGCAUAUUAUUUUGUUAACCAUAUUCAUUUAUUCGUUUUAUUGUUAUUAUUACCUUUAAACAUACUAUUCUUAUUGUGAUAUCUGUUAAUAAUCUUCUGUGAUAAUGGUUUCAUCCAACAUCAAUCCGAUUCUAAUUUUGGGUGGAUCAUAUGUAUAUGUAGCAUAUUAAAUUUGGAUUAGGUAAAUAUUGCCUUCCUAAAUUUGCUAAAUUUUUGUAUAAUAAAUAUAUAGAUCAAAAUCUUGAA